AUGUCAAAGAAAGGACAAGCGAAGCCAGUGCCACAAAGCGAUGGUAUCUGUGCGGAACUCGACGUAGAUCCAGUUCCUGAACUCAAGUUCGCCAAAGGUUAUUCCAGAGAGUUCUUGGUGACUGCUCCUUCACCAAUUGCUACCAAGGCAAAGAAGUUGUCGUCCAAAGAGAUCUUGGCACUCGGGGCUCUUUUGUUAAUCACCACCUUUGUUCGUUGUAAAGAUCUCGCACUGCCAAAUUCAGUUGUGUUUGAUGAAGUUCAUUUUGGUGGUUUCUCCAGAAAGUACGUUCUUGGUCUGUACUUCAUGGAUGUACAUCCACCUCUUGCAAAGAUGCUUCUCGCUGCUGUGUCGUCCAUGGCAGGUUAUGAUGGGGAAUUUUUAUUCAAAACCAUUGGUGAUACUUUCGAAGGUAAUACUCCAUACUACUACAUGCGGUUGUUCCCAGCUAUCUUGGGUGUCUUCACUGUAUUGUUGUGUUACUUGACACUUCGCCACUCCGGUUGUAGGCCAUUGGUGUGUCUUGCUACCGCUUCAGUGUUGGCAAUUGAGAACGCAAACGUCACUAUUUCCCGGUAUAUUCUUCUCGACUCCCCACUUAUGUUCUUCAUCGCCGCUAGCAUCUACGCUUUGAAGAAAUUUGAGACUCAGCUGCCAUUCUCCAUUGGCUGGUUCAAGAGCUUGAUCGCUUGCGGUAUAGCCCUUGGAUUGGCUGUGAGUUCAAAGUGGGUAGGAUUAUUCACUAUUGCCUGGGUUGGAAUUAGCUGUGUGUUCCAGCUUUGGUUUGUCAUUGGUGAUUUGACUGUAAGUGCAAAAAAAGUAUUCUGGCACAUUACACUCCGUGGAGCCAUCUUAUUAGGUGUCCCUGCUGUAUUGUACUACACGUUUUUCGUUGUUCACUUUCAGGUUUUAACUAACGAUGGUGAUGGCUCUGCUUUCAUGUCUAGCGCGUUCCGCUCGACUUUGAACGGCAACACUAUACCUCGUGACAUCCCGGCACCAGUUGGUUUGGGUUCCAUUGUGUCAAUUCGUCACUUGAACACACAAGGUGGAUACCUUCACUCUCACGCCCACUUCUACCCAACGGGAAGUAAACAGCAACAAAUCACAUUAUAUCCUCACUUGGACUCCAACAACGACUGGAUAAUCGAACCAUAUAAUGACACUAUUCCUGAUCAUUUUGUGCCUCUCACUAACGGUAUGAAAAUCAGAUUGAAACAUGCUAAUACAGGCAGAAGAUUACACUCUCAUGACGAGAAGGCUCCAGUCAGUGAAAGAGACUGGCAAAAGGAAGCUUCUUGUUAUGGAUACGAGGGAUUUGGAGGUGAUGCCAACGAUGAUUUCACCGUUGAAAUUGUGCCUCACAAGUCUGCUCCCGGCAAAGCUCAAGAAGAUGUGCGUGCGAUCGAAACAGUUUUCAGAUUGAGACAUGCCAUGACUGGACAAUAUCUCUUCUCUAGUGAAGUGAAACUCCCAGAAUGGGGGUUUGAACAACAAGAAGUUACCACUGCUUCGCAAGGUGCUCGUCCCUUGACCCAUUGGUAUAUCGAGACAAACAUUAAUCCUCGUCUUGUGGAUCCAGAGAUCAUUAACUACCCAGUAUUGUCUUACUGGGACAAAUUUGUUGAGUCUCACAAAGUGAUGUGGAAGAUCAACCAAGGACUCACUGAAGUUCACGCAUGGCAAUCCAACCCUUCUCUGUGGCCAUUGUUGCUCAGAGGCAUCAAUUACUGGGUCAAAGAUAACAAGCAAGUUUACCUUUUAGGUAAUGCCGUAACAUGGUGGGUUUCCACCUUGGCUUUGGUUGUAUUUGGUGUACAUGCCGUUGUCUCCCUUGUUAGGUGGCAAGUUGGAGCCAGAGUUGCAACAAACAAGAACGUGUUCAAUUACAACUCACAGGUAUUCUUAUACUCCAUCGGCUGGUUCCUCCAUUACUUCCCAUUCUUCAUCAUGGGACGUCAAUUAUUCUUGCACCAUUACCUUCCAGCGUAUUACUUUGCCAUAUUGGCAUUGGGACAGUUUUUGGACAUUUUCGUGAAUUACAUUAUUGCAUUCAACAAGACCACUCGUAAAAUUGGAUAUCUUGUUGUGGCUAUAUUUGUGUCAAUUAGCGUUUUGUUCUACGUUCACUACUCCUCAUUGAUUUAUGGCUCUCCAUGGACUAGAGCUGCCUGUGAAUCGUCUAAGGCGUUGAGCUCAUGGGACUACGAAUGUUACAGAUUCCACGACUCAUUGGCAGACUACUCUUCAGCCGCGGAAAAAUCACUUACAUCGCUGAACGUUGCAAAACCAAUGGACAACCUUGAAGUAAAAGAAGCAAAGGAGACAGUACACAUCAUUAAGUCAAGGGCACAAUCAGAGGCUCACGAGUCUGAGACUAGCAAGAAGAACGAGCCAGUUCAAGCAGAGCAAGAAGAAGGCGUUGCUCCCCCACAAGCCGUCGACAUUGAUGAGACCAAGAAGGAGGAUGAUGCUCAAGCUGCUCCACAGGUAGCAGAAGUCGAUCAAAUUGUAGAGAGUGAACCUGUCCAAAACAACUAA